AUGGCCAAGACGCUGCAAGAUGUUGGCUUCGACGUCUGCGCCGUCGAUUCCUCCCACGACGGCUCAGAGGACAUCGUCACGGCCAUUGAUCACAGCGAUGGCAACCUCGUCGCUCCUCAAAAGGGAACCGGGUUCGACGUCUUUUCUUGGCUCUGGAAGCCCAAAGCUACGCCGUCGCAGGAAGCAGCCCGCGCCGCCCAUCUCGAGAACUGCGAAGCGUGCCGAAACGGCCAAGACCAUCCUGCGCCUUCCGCGCAGGCGUCCGCCGCCCCCGUCCACCCCGUCCAGCGGGCUCCCGCCGCUCUUGACGGCGUCAUCACUUCAGAUGGCGCGUAUGCCGGUCCCUGGCGCGCGACCGUGUCCGUUGGCGGCAUGACGUGCGCCGUCUGCACCAACACCAUAACCAACGAGAUGCAAAAGCUCCCCUGGAUCUCCCGCGUCGUCGUCAAUCUCGUCGCAAACAGUGCCGUCGUCGAUUUCACGGAGCCCGAUCGCGUCCAGGACAUUGUGCAGGGCAUCCAGGACCUGGGCUACGACGCCGCUUUGGAUAGGGUGCAGGAUCUGGGCCGAGAAAGCAAGGAAACUGGCGCACGCGAUGUUGAAAUCAGUAUCGACGGCAUAUUCUGCCCUCGAUGCCCUGACCGAAUCUACGCGACCAUGAAGAGUUUCGGGACUAGGCAGGUCGACGUUCUUAAGAAGCCGACUCUCAACCGCCCUGUCCUCAAAGUCCGCUACACACCGGAUUCUCCUACCUUUACCAUCCGACACAUCCUCAAAGCCAUCGAGGCCACAGACCCGUCACUACAAGCCUCCAUCUACCACCCCCCUACUAUGGAAGAGAGAUCCAGGGCCAUUCGCGCAAAGCACCAGCGUGCUUUACUCUGGCGCAUGAUUUUGGCUCUCAUCAUUGCCGUACCAACCUUCAUCUUUGGCAUUGUCUACAUGAGUCUGGUGCCAGACUCAAAUCCCACCAAACAUUUCCUCAUGAAGCCAUGGGUUUCCGGUCUCAGCCGUCUGGAAAUCAUUCUCUUCGCGCUCUCUACCCCGGUGUACUUUUUCGGCGCCGACAUCUUCCACACGCGCGCUAUGAAGGAGGUCUGGACCAUGUGGAAGAGCGGCAGCCGCACAUCUCUCGGGCAGCGCUUCUACAAGUUUGGUAGCAUGAACCUGCUCAUCUCUCUGGGUACCAGCAUUGCCUAUUUUUCGUCCAUUGCCCAAAUGAUUGCAGCUGCCGCCAACCAUGACGUGGACGUUCCGGCAGACCGCUUCUACUUUGACUCUGUCGUUUUCCUGACGCUGUUUCUUCUUGCAGGUCGACUUAUUGAAGCGUACAGCAAGUCCAAAACCGGAAGUGCUGUCGAGGCCCUGGCAAAGUUGCGUCCAAGCACUGCACUACUUAUUGAGGGGGACGCAGGCAACGUCACGACGACAGUGAUUCCUCUGGACCAGCUAGAGCAGGGUGAUAUCAUCAGAGUCCCCCAUGGGGCUUCACCUGCUGCAGAUGGCACUAUUCUUACCGGUGACAGCAUCUUUGACGAGUCCAGUCUCACCGGUGAAUCUCGCCCGAUCAAGAAGAGCCCAGGUGACCAAGUCUUCACUGGCACUGUCAACAAGGGGUCCGCCAUUACGAUUUGUGCCACAGGUACGUCUGGCAAGUCCAUGCUGGAUCAAAUCGUCGAAGUCGUUCGUGAAGGCCAGACAAAGCGCGCGCCCGUGGAGCAAAUCGCGGACCUCUUGACUUCCUAUUUUGUUCCCGUCGUCACUCUGAUUGCAGUUAUUACCUGGAUCAUCUGGCUGGUCCUAGUGCAGAUAGGCAAGGUCUCUAACGAGGAAACGGAUACCUUGAGUGGGCGUAUUGCCUUUGCGUUCCAGUUUGCCAUCGCCGUGUUUGUCGUGGCCUGCCCGUGCGGACUCGGGCUCGCUGCCCCGACGGCCAUCUUUGUCGGCGGAGGCAUCGCUGCUAACAAUGGCAUCCUCGUCAAGGGAGGCGGCGAGGCCUUUGAGAAGGCGAGCAGGAUCAACUGCGUGGUCUUUGACAAGACGGGCACACUUACCGUCGGCGGCGAGCCUCAGAUCACCGACUCGGCGAUGCUGCCUGAAGGCAGCAUUGGUGUACCGGAAGCCACUAUCCUAUCGGGCCUCAAGGCUAUUGAGCAGAACAGCACGCAUCCCAUCGCCAAGGCCAUUGUGGCAUUUUGCGGCACCGAGCGCUCGUCGGCGGACCUCGAUAACAUUGAAGAGAUACCAGGAAAUGGAAUGAAGGCGGCCUUUACAUCAGCAGAGCUCAGCAUCGCUGUCGGAAACGAGGCCCUCAUGAGCGGCCUCGACGUGGGCAUCUCGGACCGAACUCGCUCAACGCUCAACACAUGGAAGCGGGAAGCCAAGUCUGUUGCUCUCGUCGCCAUCCAGAAAGCCUCGGUCUGGAAGCUCGUCGCCAUGCUCGCCAUCUCCGAUGCCAUCCGCGAAGAGACGGUGCCCGUCAUCAAGGCGCUGCGGCAGCGCGGCACCCAAGUCUGGAUGCUGUCGGGCGACAACCUCACCACAGCGCGGGCCGUCGCGCACCUCGUCGGCAUCCCGGCCGACCACGUCCUCGCCGAAGUCCUGCCCUCUCAGAAGGCGGACCGGGUGCGGUACUUGCAAGCCACCGCCGGCAGCGGCUCCGGCAGCGGCCGGGCCAUGGUGGCCAUGGUCGGAGACGGCAUCAACGACGCGCCGGCGCUGGCGACGGCGGACAUUGGCAUCGCCAUUGGCUCGGGCAGCGACGUGGCGAUUUCCAGUGCCGACUUUGUGUUGGCGAGCUCGCGGCUCACGGCGGUGCUCACGCUGCUGGACCUCUCCCGCGUCGUCUUUCGCCGCAUCAAGAUGAACUUUGUCUGGGCCCUCGUGUACAACAUGGUGGCGCUGCCGAUUGCGGCGGGCUGCCUGUACGCGGUGCAGACGAGCGGCGGCGCGCACGUCAAGCUCGAUCCCGUCUGGGCGAGCCUGGCCAUGGCGCUGUCGAGCCUGUCGGUCGUGCUGAGCAGUUUGAGCCUACGUAGCGGCAUCCCAUUUGUGGGAUUCCGCGCCAAGAGGGUAGAUGCGUAA